AAACUCUCCCGACUCUCUUCCCGUGACAACAAUUCUCUCUCUCCCUUCGUGUCAUUGUUGGGAACGUGAUCGGACACAAAAAAAUGGACGCACUUCGGGAGCAGGUGAUGAUCAAUCAGUUUGUGUUGGCCGCGGGCUGUGCCAGGGAGCAGGCGAAGCAGUUGCUGCAAGCGGCGCAUUGGCAAUUCGAGACCGCUCUCAGUAUUUUCUUCCAAGAGGCGGCGAUACCCUCCUGCGCGCAAGGAGCCGGCACCCACUUCGGUCAAAUAACGCCAUGCAACACGCCAGCCACUCCGCCGAAUUUCCCAGACGCGCUGCUGGCGUUUUCCAAAAUGUCUGCAGGUGAAAAAACUCCAUCGGGCAUGUCUCCGAGCCAGAAUGGAUUUCAGGCGAACUCGACGCCGAUGGUGGGCAUCGUGCAGCAUCACACCGCCGGUGGCCGGUGUAGCGCGUCCGGCAACACGACACAGCAACAGACGCAGACCCAACAAACGCAAUUCGGCCUGGGCGAGCCGCAGAGAUAAAAAUGACUGUGCUAAUUGGCGAUGCGCGAGCACGAGACGUCACGUAGAUGCGCGCGAUAACGUUUCCGGUGAACAAAACACGUGUGCGCUCUAAGCGCACUGAAACGAGAGAGAAUGAGAGGGGGAGAGGGAAGUGAAAAGCGUUACAUGUAGAGAAAAAAAAGAGAGGAAACUUCCUGUCUUCUGAAAAAAAGACGCGUUCCUUCCCGAGAGAGAACGAGGAAAAUUCACGAUCGCAGCAACUAUGUAACGGAAGAUAGUUUUCUGCAGAUUGGAUUGCUACAAUUGAAUCGCUUACGUUAUUCACGCACAAUAAGCGACGUGUACAUUGUGUUACGUGCGGAACGCGCGAGUUAAGUCCGAGUGUGUUGAUUUGCCCGACGAUGGCCGAGAGAGGCGUGCGAAGCGUAUAUUUCGAUCCGCUGGAUUUCCUUCUCGGCCUCCUCGAGAGGUGUCUAGCGUGGAAUGGCACGCGUUGAGAGUAGCGCCCGCUAUAUUUAUGUAUAGCCGGCCACGAAAUGCGAAUGUGGGAGGGAGGGAGAAGAGACGAAAAUCAUAUCAAAGAGCCUUCUUCUUCUUUUCUUUUUCUCCGAUCACGUCGGGACCACAUCUCUCAUAUAGGUCGAAGACAUCGAUAAAUUUUGGAAAUAGUCGCUGUGAGAACGACUCCUUCACUCCAAUCUGACUUCCUUGUCUCCCUUAGAUGCUGUAGACACGUGACUGUUUUCUCAGAUUUCACCGUACAUCACCGUUAGACUAUAUAGGCGAUGAAUUUUCCACUAUCACUUCCACACACCACAGUACAAAAGAGUUGCGAGGUUACAAUUUCCUCUCGAUUAACUAUUUGAAAACCUUACUUUAUCGCACCUUUUUCGGCGGAAGAUGACGGGAGGAUGUACGUAUAUCUUUUAAUGUAGACGGAAGGAUCCAUCGCUACGAUGGAACUCUCCGCGGACAUUAAUUCAGUUCUACGGAACUCGAGCGUUUUACUACGAUCCUUUCGCUGUUUCUCUUAAAAUAGUGAUGCUUGCGGUACGCGCGCGACGCGUGCCGUUUCCAUAUACAUAAGCGAUAUUUCGAUGGUAUAAAUAUAACGAGGCUAAGUAUAAUAAACGAAGCUCUGAAACGUGUAAAAAUUUGUAAAAAGAGUAUCCCGAGUUAUGUAACGUUCGUUUUACAGAAUAAAGUGACUAUGUAAAAAGUAAGUAAAAUAAAAUCGAGGAGGGGAUCUCGCGAGUCGAAUGAGACAGAGAGUGAUAUAAUAGUCUGAAGAAUUGAUUCAGGAAUUUAAUAGAGUAAACCCGGUGAAUACGAGCAGCGAGGAAUUCUUGAAUUCGAUUAUUUCGGCUAACUCGCGAGUAUACUAGAUAGAGAUUACUGCCUGGUUUUACGCAGCACUAGACUUUUACGAUGUUCACAACAAAUAAAAAAGAAAAUGCUCUUGUAUGGCAGCUGGCAAUACUGAUUCUGAUAUCAUAGUAUAUCAAUAUCCGAAUAUAUGGAAUAUAUUCUCUGUAUCUUUCAUUAUAUUUCUCGUAACACGUACAUGGACAAUUAUUCGUACUAUAGAUACAUACUUGUUUUUCAUUAAGACUCUAUUUAUUCGAUGUAGCAGCGAAUUUAGUUCUUCACAGCUUUUUAUAGAAGCCUGUUUGAGGCAUCCGUUCCUUCACUGUAGCCUCAUUGAAUUGUAACAUCCGAGAUGAGAAGUUAUACCUAUAAUUUUUUUCUAUCCAAAUGCUAUCCAAAUGAAUUAGUUCUUUCGUUUGUUAUUCGCAUUAGAUAAUAUAAUUGAUAAAAUAUUUUGAAAAAAGUCUCUUUAUUAUUUAGCAUUAGUAAGUGCAGUAUAUGAAUGUUUUUUCAACGAGAAUGAACAUCAUAACUUUAUGGAAAUUUGCAAAUUUUUUAAUAAAAAAAUUAAAUUUGCAUAAACUAAAAAGAGCUUUCAAAUAUAUUUUAUCAAUCAAUAUAUUAAGUGUGCAGAAGAAUGUAGAAGAUUAUUCUAUUUCUCUGUACAGAAAAAAUAUUCGCGUUUUACGCUGUUGUUAAAUAUUGUAAUUUAAUGCGGCUGUAGUGAAAAAAACAGGAUCCUUAACGCGUAAAACUAACAGAGAAUUCUUUAUUCUUUAUAAUCUCUCGAUAUAUCCGACAGCAAAAUGUCUACGGAUGCAAUAUGAUGUAUUCGAUCCUUUUAUUUGUAGUCAUAAUAGUAGUCUCGAUCAUAAUAAAAGUUUAUAAGUUCAAGUUUUAAUUUGACGAUUUUAACUUUCACGCAAUAGUUUAUAUCCAGGCGUCGUAUAACUUUGUUAAUGGGUUUAUGUAAAUAAUAGUAGAUAUUUAGUCGUAAGAAAAACAAAAAACGUACUCCGUGAAGUGCGAGAUAUUUUUUCCAAUAAGGUACACGCUUUAAAUAUCUUCCUUACGUUUUGUGUACUGUCUAGGCUGUAUUUAAAAGAUGAUAUAAAAAAAACUGUCGACGAGAAAACGAGAAUGUUUUACUAUGUUGAAAUUAUGAUUGUUUAUUUGACUAUUACAAAGAGAGACAGAUAAUGGUCAUAAUGUACAUAAUUUUGAAAAAUUAAAUAAAAUAUUGAUUAAA